AUGAGGAAAGCAGGAUCCCCUAUUAAGUAAAGAGACGAAAUUUAGGACCCAAUAUCUCCUAAGAGACCUAUAUUGAGGAAAAGAGAACAAAGAGCAUCUGCAUUGUAAAAUAAAAAUUACACGAACUUUUAUAAAAGAUUAGAUGAAGGCAAUGAUCAGCCUUUAACAUAGCCUCAAAGAAAAUCUUCUUUCGAUUCAGACACAGGGAAAAAGAUUAAGGACCGAAGAAAGUAAAAGUCUAAACAAAUCAGGAAAAAUAAGCUUAAAAGUAAGGAUUUUAGACUUGACCUCAAUAGCAUUAUCAAAGAAGUUCAUUUAAAAGCUCCCAAAGGUGGUCAAGAAAAGCGAUUCCAGUUUAUCCAAUAUGAAAGAAUAAGUUUAGCCAAAGCUACAAAAUGGCUAGGCAGUAGAUUUAGAGAAAGCAGAGCCCUAAUAAACUAAUAAUUAACCUUUUAAUCUAAGCAACUUUUUCGAAGUCAUUUGUAAAUAUCGGAAGUUUAAUUAAUUAUAGAAUAUUAUAAUGCAAAUAGACUAGUUAAAUGUUCAGAGAAAGUGUUUGAGGAAGUUUAGGACUCUGCAAUAGACGAGGCUUCCGAAGGCUAACUAAAUCAAGUAAAUCAGAAUUUGAUAAGCAACAAGAUAUAUGAUGCUGUGGAUCUUGCCUUCCCAGAGUAGCCUAAGACUCAGGUUAUUGCUUAGGAACUAUUAUAAAUGUAGGAACUAGAACAACUUAGUAAAAAGGUCACUGAUAAAAAUUAACAAGAUUAGCAAAGCCUAGUGAAACAAGAGAAUCUAGAAUAAGCUUUGAGGUCGGAAACAUUCAUCAAUUGUGACUUGAGAUUCUUCAACUUAUAGUAUUUGGUAGAUUAAAUUGGCCACUUUGAAGUAGUUUAGAUAGAUCCUCCAUGGAGAAUCAAGGGUGCCUAAAGGAAUAAUACAAGCUUUAUGUUUUCAAAUAAUAAGUUUAAUCUUGACUAUUCAACAAUGUCUAAUGCAGAGAUCAUGAAUAUACCAGUAGAGGUUUUGUCUAGGAAAGGAUUUUGCUUUUUAUGGAUAUUGAACAGUUAAAUGCACAUUGGUUACGAGUGUAUGAAUAAAUGGGGUUAUGAAGUUGUAGACCAACUUACCUGGAUCAAAACCAAGAACAAGAAAAUACACAUAUCUCAUGGAUUCUAUUUCUUACAUUCUAGUGAAGUUUGCCUUGUUGGAUAUAAGUGCCCACCAAAUGAAUAUAUAGAAUUCAAAUCAAAGGUUUCAAACAAUCUCAUAGUUGCAGAGAUUAGGAAAAAAAGCUAAAAGCCUGACUAAAUAUAUACUCUUAUUGAUAUUUUGGUUCCUGGUGCUAAGAAAAUUGAACUAUUUGCGAGAAAUAAUAACCUCAGAAAAGGUUGGCUAUCUUUAGGGAAUCAAUUGGGUGAGAAUUAUCUAAAUUGGAAAAAUGUAGUUAACUGUGAUGAGUGUUAAAAAGAUAUCAACACAGGCAAUAAGUAUUACAAAUCAAAGAUUAAGGCCAAUUAUGAUAUUUGUGUAAAAUGCUUUAAUGAUCAGUUAGUUUAGUAUACUAAUAGUCAAGGAAUCUUUAAUUAAGAGGAACAUGCUUAUAAAAUUGCAAAAAAUCAGUUUUAUGAGUGUUUCUUCUUGAUUGAAAAUGCCACUGAUGAUGAAAUUUUACACGAAUACCAUUAAUGCAAUAUAUGUCAUGCAGAGCCGAUUUGGGGAUUAAGGUUUAAGUGUUAAUCCUGUGAAGAUUGUGAUUUAUGUGAGUCAUGCUUUGAUGCCAGGUUACAUAGGAUUAAUUUAAAGCAAGAGUAAGAUAACUCCGGAGAAUCAGGGUUUAUUCAAAUCUAAUCUGAUGACAUUAUCUGCUAAAGCCAUGAGUUCAUUUGUAUUGAGCUUCCAUUAAUAGCUGAUGGUUUAGCUGCUCAUAAUUAAUAUAAGUGCGUAAGUUGCUAUAUGAGACCUAUUAUUGGGGCAUGCUUUGUUUGCGCAGAUUGUAAUCACUUUUCACUGUGCUAAAACUGUUACUUUACCACCCCGUUCAAUAAUUUGAAGGUUAGAGGUCACACUGAUAAGCAUAAAAUAGAAUUAAUAGUGGAGCCAAGAUAAAGUGUAAAAAAAUACGUUAAAUGUAAUGGUUGCGGAGAAAUGCCUAUCUAAGAUGUUAGGUAUAAAUGCAAUAACUGUUUUGAUUUCGAUUUUUGCGAAAACUGCUUUAGAGUUUAUGCUGUUGAUAGGAAGGAACUUAAAACAGUUUAUUCAACUUCUCAUAAAGCUUAUCAUACAUUUACAAAACUUAUCCUCGCAAUGGCUUCAAGCAAUAUCAAAGAUUAUAACAAUAAUGAUGAAUUAGAAGAAUAAAAAGAAAAUGGUGAAAACAAAAGUGGAAGACAUCAUAAGGAUAACGGGGAUAAGGCCGAGAAAAAGCGGCCACCAGGUAGACCUUCGAACAAGAACAAGCAGAAAAAAGGAUAGCAGGUAAUUAGCCUUACAUAACCAUGA